ACCGGACUGGAAAAAAAGGAAAGACUAAAACAUUUAAAAUAACGUUGGAUCAGUCUCGAAGAAAACCAUCAGAAACGCAGUGAAUCUCCAGAAAUCAUUUUCUCCACCUCUGAAAAAGAUUUUUUGUAGCCCAUGAAAGUUGAAACACAAAAAGGAUCGCAGAUCAAACACCAUAAAACGUAGUAGCAUACGAUUCUAUGAGGUGAAGUGUGAUUCUGAAAACCUUGAACAUCGCUCCUCUCCUGCCAGUGUAAGCUAGAUUGUUAGAUUUUCUAGUCCGUGGAAGACAUCCCUAAUUUGUUUCGCACCGAGCAAAAUACAAUUCGAAAGACAAAAAAAAAAAAGGAUGGCAAAUGCUGCAGAAGAUUUCUCCCAAUUCGGGAUUUCAAAAGAGGAAAAAGAUAAGCUUGUUGGGGAAUUGAUUAGGUACAUGCUUUUCAAAACCCAUCAAAAUUCUGGGUGCCCCAUUAAGAGAGAGGAACUCACUCAACUCGUUACGAAGAACUAUCAUCAGCGUAACCUUCCUACCUUUGUGAUCAAUGAGGCUAAGGAGAAGCUUUCCUUUGUAUUUGGCUAUGAAAUGAGGGAGCUUCAAAGGACCCAACCUUCUUCCAAAGCCCGGACACAGUCCUCCCAACAAAGUGUUGCAGAUUCGAAAUCAUAUAUUCUCAUAAGUCAACUUCCUCCUAAUGUAUAUGAAAAAUAUGUUGUGGAUGUUAAUACUGCGCAUCUAUCCGGAUUCACUUUUGUCAUAAUUAGUAUUGUAUAUCUUGCCGGUGGUAAAAUUCCAGAAGAAAAUCUAUGGAGCCAAAUGAGGAGGAUGGGUUUGGGUGAAACUGAAUCAAGUCAUCCAGUCCUUGGAAAUGUUAAGCAAGCAUUUGAACUUCUUGUUCAGCAAAGGUAUUUACAGAAAGACAAAGUUAAUGGUCCUGAAGGCAAUACUGUAUAUUAUGAGCUUGCUGAGAGAGCUUUAGAUGGACCCAUGAAUGACAGGAUUAAAGAAUAUAUCUCUCAGAUUGUGCAGGACAAUACUUCAGUGGGUGCUGCCUAAGAGUUGCUAGCUCAUCAGUGUCUAAAUGGUUCCGAUUGAUUAUUGAUUUUAAGCCCGAAAACUCUUCAAGAAUCUCAAUCUAAAUUUUGUCUUCAGCGAAUUCUGCUGAUUGGAUGUUUUGAUGUUUUCAAAGAUUUAGGUUCAGAUUUGCCAAAGUUAUGUAAAUUUGAAUUUGAGUUGUGUAUAUAGUUACUUAAUUAGGUUAAGUCCAAUCUUAAUUUUAUGUAUGUUAGAAAGCAACUAAUUGUUACUUUUUUGUUUAGAUGCUUGGAAAUUAAUGCAGAUGACAAACCAAAUGAACCUAAUCGAGUUUCAUUUUGA